AUGCAGAGCCCUGAGGCAUCGGGCCCCGGUGCGCUCGCUGGCCUGCCCUCGACGCUCGUAUCCAUGAUAGCCACUCCGUCGACGUCACCGCUCGGACUCGUCUCUCCCCAGACGCAGAUAGGUUCAACGACAACCCAAACCGGAGUCUCUUCAUUCACCCAGGAGCAAAUACAGGAAAGCCUACAACAUGUCAUUUCCAGUCUCUCGUCAAGCUCGGGGUCCGGUGCCGGGCACGCCGGCACCCUUGGUGGCGAGUCUACCGGCUCAACGGGCAAAGGCAUCUUAAUUGGAAUACUUUCGGCGUUCGGAUCCGCCGCGAUUGCUUUUGUGGUGCUUGCGAUCUUCUUUUUCUUCAAGUACACUCGCCGGGGGCGAAUCAUGCUCGAUCGCAUCGGUCGCCCCGGUGAGUAUGAUGAUGAGCAAGCUUUUCUACGAGAGGAGGAGGCGGCGCUGGAGACCAUGGAUGAUUUGACGCGGUCGGAAUAUCUUCGUGCGAAAGCUUUUGUUCAUGCCAACCCUCCCGAAUCCAUGCAAACCGAUAUAUCGCUAUCCCAAUUUCUGGCCAUCCAGGAAAAGGGCGUUUCCGCGUGGGAAUUCCAGCCGGAAUUGGAAAUUGCCAACUGUUUCGUGGAAGCUCGGACGGAAAUUGAAUUCUUCGAUUCGGAGUGUAGUGUGCAGACCAAUUUGCCUCUCCCCAAACAAAACGAGGUCUAUUACUGGGAGGCCAAGAUCUACGACAAACCAGAGUCCACAAUGGUGGGCAUUGGCUUGACGACGAAACCCUACCCGCUCUUCCGGAUGCCUGGUCACCACAAGACAUCCGUUGCUUAUGAGUCGACGGGCCACCGCCGAAAUAAUCAGCCAUUCACACCCACCCCAUAUGGACCCCCACUCCUCCAAGGCGACGUGAUCGGGGUCGGUUAUCGACCUCGAUCUGGAACGAUCUUCUUCACGCGCAACGGCAAGAAGCUUGAGGAUGUGGUUCACAAUUACCGCUCCCAGAACCUAUUCCCAACCAUUGGUGCCAACGGUCCUUGUACGGUCCACGUGAAUUUUGGUCAGAUGGGAUUCGUGUUCAUUGAAGCCAAUGUGAAGAAAUGGGGUCUCGCCCCCAUGACGGGCAGCCUCGCCCCGCCCCCACCAUACGGUAGUGAGCAAGGCAGCAUCCUGCUCGAAUCCGGCCGUGAGAGUGCCGCUUCGAUCUCUCAACGCGUAUACCAGUCUUACCAUGGCCGGAGCUCCAGCACUGUGAUCCCUCAAGCUGUGAGCCCAGGGCCGGUGCGAUCGCCGACCGAAAUCUCGUUGGCCCAACUAGCUCAUAUCCCGUCCCGUGAUGACGCCGGUGAAGGAUCGAGCCGCGUGGGCAACGAGGGUGAAGAGCUCCAGCAGACUGGCGCAGACGAAGCAUCAGGCACUCUUGAUGAUCAUGAAGCUCCACCACCCGAGUACUCCAGCCCCACGGGCAGUCGAAGGGGCAGCGAUGCGUCCUUGCAGCUGCCUCCCAGGCGCUCAAGCGACCCGCACCGCUCAUCCGCCCCUCAGAGCACCGAACAGCUUAAUUCGGAGCUGCCCAGCUACGAAGCGGCAGUGGAUCGUCACUUCGUUGAACGCCCCUAA